AUGUAUAACUUAUGUCGAGAGCGUUACAGAGACAUCAACGCCAGGAUCAUGGAUGAGUGGGACUCAUACGAUUCGCAUAAGGUCACCUGCGAGGAAUUCCUGAAAAAUGUUGCCGGAAAAACGACUCUUGCACGGUUGUUGUCGGGGGGAGAAUUUGACCAAGCUAUAGCACCUACAAGAGAGUUUACGACGGUACAGUAUCCCCGAAAUUCCAAAAUCGUUAUAUGUGAUUUACCCGGCUAUGGGUCAGUGUCCCAACCUGUGGAAAAGUUUAUUGAACUGACUUUUACAAUUUACGAUGGAUUCAUUUUUGUUUGCCGAGAUAAACUUGACGAUGACGAUCAUCAAGUUCUGAAGAAUUUGCCAAGAUCAAAAAGACUGAAUGUUGUUAGAUGUGUAUCUGACAGUGACAGUGUCGAGGAUCUGGAUGCAUUGUUGGGAGCCACGUUUGAAGACUUCGCUUUAUAUCGCAAGGACCAGAUUUUUCUUGUUGACAGCCGACAUCAGGACCUCUAUGGAUUUCCACAAUUAGUCUCCCAUCUUGACAAUGGAGCAAACUUCAAACGGGCGUCACCGAGUUUUAGGGCUGUUGGCACAACACAUGGAGAAGAGCCCCCUGCCAAUCAAUCUGCCUUGACGCUUUCUGAGGGGUCCAACAAUGAUGUCACGGCAGACGAUGAUGACUUUACAGAGAUCAAGUCAUCUUUCGAGAGUGGUGGAGCUAAAUAUGCAGUUGAGCAAUCACAAUUGCGACUGGGGCGCUGGAAAAGUGCCAUGGUCAACAUAGGCAUCAUAGGGAACAGUGGGGUUGGAAAAUCCAGCUUCAUAAAUGCAGUCCGCGGUCUGGUAUCACCGGAUGAACAGGGCUGGGCAAACGUGAAUGAAGAAACAAAGAUCCCCACGCCAUAUGAGUAUCCCCUGAGCCCAAAUGUUAAGUUGUGGGAUAUGCCUGGCAUGGGCACCAAGAAUUUUACCCAAGAAAACUAUCUGGAGAAGGUUAAUUUUGACAAAUAUGAUAUUUUCAUCAUUGUAUGCGCUGUUCGAAUUACGGGGAAUGAUCUGUGGUUGGCACGAGCUAUUUGUUCAAGAGGAAAAAAGUUCAUUUUUGUAUGCGCAAAGGUUGGUCAAGAUAUUGAAAAUGAAAGAAAGGUCUAUACCCAAAGUUCAAGACUCAACUUUCGGGAAGAUAUCGUCUUGAAGAAAAUACGCGCUGAAUGGCAAAAAGAUCUUGCAGAGUUUGGUAAAUGUCGGGUAUUUUUGAUUGACAAUUUUGAGCCACAUAGUUACGAUUUUGGUGAUUUGGAAAUGGAAAUAAUAAACAUUACUCCCAGUGAAAAGCAGGAAGCGGUGACUAUGUCCAUGCCAACAAUGACAGAAGGUGUUAUUCAACAAAAAGUUCGGGAACUUCAGAAACGGAUCUGGCUGACCGCUAUUCCAGCUGCCUUUGCUGACGCAGUAGCCAUUCCUAAUAUUUCGGCAUCCUUGAAUGAAAAAUAUUUAAUGAAAGAAGCAGAGUUUUAUCGGGAACAGUUUGGACUAACUGAUGAAGCACUUGCCAAGAACGCAGGGAAGAUCGGCGUCACGAAAGAAAAUUUUGUGAAAAUGGCAAAUUUGCGCACCACAGCGUUUAAAUACACUGGGAAAAUUGUGCCUCUGUUAAAAACCUUGGGCAUUUUCAAGAAAGUGUCCAUGAGUAAGACAUCAAUUGUCCUCUGGCUAUUCACAACUUUAGUGCAUUGCGGAGUGUCGUACACUCUUGCAGUCAACUUCCUUAGGAAAGUUCUAGAAAUGACUGCUGAAGAUGCAAGAAAAGUGAACAAGGAAAUGACAAAACCCAGGCGCUAAAAUGACUUCAAAGACCAUGACACUCCCACAUUUGCCUGAGUGAGUGGGGUAGAUCCAUGGCUAUGAAAUUAUAUGCUUUUGUGAGAGAGGAGGGGGAAAAGGUUUAUUUGUUGAGUACACAAUAAAGUUAAACCAUUUGCAGAUGUAAGUAGGGACAUUGACAAACAUUAGAGGUUGUGUGUAAGCUCAAAUAUAUUUACGAGUAUUGAGCAGUGUAUUUUCCUUUGUAAUAAUGAUACAGCGACUACUUAUAAUCAGGAUUGGCUGAACUAUUUAGAAGUAUGAAAAGUUAAUCAUGUUUUUGUAUUGGAAUCUGACAGUCCUGGUACAAUGCUAACUUGCUUAAGGUGAAGACUUACCUUGCGUUUGUUAUAUUGUCGAAUUGUUGUUUUGUAACACUAGUUGUAAAUUUUGUGUUCAACGCUUAAAGGGUAUAUUUUCAAUGAAAUUUGAAGUUUCCUCUACCUUGAUUUAUAUAGUAAAAACCUUACUACUUGUUUAAACCUUAAAACUUGUUUUUAAGCUCGCCUGAGCACAAAAUGCUCAGGGUGAGCUAUUGUGAUAGGGUGAUCGUCCGUCUUAGUCCUUUGUCCAUCUGUCUGUCCGUCGUCAACAUUUUCCUUCAAACAACUUCUCCUCCUAAACCAAUGUGACGAUUUCAACAGAAUUUAACAGGAAUUCUCAUUGGGCAGUUCUCUUCCAGACACCUUCAAUAAAAGUGGUUCUGUGCAAAUCUCUGUGUUUUUUUUAAAGCAAUCCAAGGGAAAAAUCUUCUUCUCAGAAAUUGCUGGCCCUAUUCCAUAUAAUUUCACAAAGAAAUGUUCCUAAUGUGACUUUGUAUCAAAAUCCUUCACCCCAUGUUGAUUUGUAAAAAAACAUGUCCUCCAAGGGAAGGGCUACUUUUCACUAUAAUGUAUACAUGUAUGUCUAUGUGGUAAACUUUGAAAAUGUUCUCCUUAAAAUCGGCUGUCCUUAUUUUAAUAUAAUUUCACAGAAAUGAUCUUUAGAUCAUCCUCUAUCAAAAUUCUUCACCCAUAUGGAUUCCAAAUAAAACAUGGCUGCCAGGGUCGGGCUAUUUUUCAGUUGAUGUCUGUAUAGUAAUCUUCUCCUCAGAAAUGAUCCUUAGGAGACCCUCUAUCAAAUGUCCCCAAGUUGAUUCAUAAAAAAAACAUGGCUGCCAGGGGAUGGGGCUACUUUUCACUAAAGUCUACUGUAUAAUGGAAAACUUUGAAAAUCUCCUCAGAAUCUGCUAGCCGAAUUUCGAAAUUAUUUCACUUAAUUGUACCUUAGGUAAACCAGUAUCAAAUUCCUUCACCCCAUGUUGAUUCAUAAAAAACAACAAUGGCUGCCACGGCGCAGGGUUAUAUGUUCCUUAGGUGACUCUUUCAAAUUCCUUCACCCCAUGUUGAUUAAUGAAAAAACAUGGCUGCCAGGGACGGAGAUACUUUUCACUACCAUAUACCAAAUUCUUUCACCCCAUUAUGAUUCAUAAAAAACAUGGCCCCCAGGGACGGGACUAGCCUUCCAAAGUCUACAUGUCUGUAUGGAAAUCUUUGAAAAUCUUCUCUAAAGAAACCAUUGGCCAGAUUCAAAAUAUUUUUACAGAAAUUUUCCAUAGAUGCCCUUUUUAUCAAUUUUUUUAUUUUAUUUAUUAUUUCUAUUAUUAUUUAUUGUUUUACAAUUAUUGAAAAUAUCAACUUCAAACAUCAUGACCUUAUUCACAGUAACAAUAUGGUCUUUUGUGACAGGUUAUAUAACUCCAACAAAGUAUUGUAAGAGUUGUGGCCCUUUGUACCUUUUUAAGCAAAUACAUAUUUUUCAUGUUUUAUACGCCCGUUUAUAAAAUGGCACGUAUUAUAGUUCACUUACGGGGAUGGGCAUUUGUGCAGGCUGAGUCCAGUAUUUUGUCAAAUCAAUAACUUUAGAACCCUUUGUUGUAUCAUGACAAAACAUGGUCAGAAUGUGUAUGGGCAUAAUAUCUUUGGGAGGUUCGAUAACAAGCCUUUUUGCUUUAGUCACUAGAGAGUUAUCACCCUUGAAUUAUAGGAAUGAUCUUAAACAGGUUCUUGUCUGAUCAAUAACUUAAGAAGCAUUUCUCCUAUCAUCUCCAAAUUUAAUCAGAAUGUGUAUGGGCAUAAUACCUUUGACAAGUUUGAUAACUAGUCAAAUUGCUGGAGUCACCCAAGAGUUUUUGUCCUUUAAUUACAGAAAUUAUUUAAAAUUGGUCUUGUAUGAUCAAUUACUUUAAAAGCCUUUUUCCAAUCAUCACCAAAUAUGAUCAGAAUGGAUAUGAACAUAAUAUCUUGAACAAAUAGAUAACCAGCCAUAUCACUCUAGUCACUCAAGUUUUAUCGCACUUUGAUUAUAGAAAUUACCUAAAAUUGGUCUGGUCCGAUCAAUAACUUUAAAAGCCCUUUUCCACAAUUUCUCAGACAAGUUCAAUAAAGCAUUUUGGCUUGAGUCAUCGAGAGGAAUUGCCCUCUUAUUAUAGAAAAUGUCCGAUCAUCACCAAAUUUGGUCAGAAUGAGUAAGGUACAUUAUAAUACAUAUAUAAUAUCUCGGACAAGUUCAAUAACUAGCUGUAUUACUUCAGUCACUCGAGAAUUAUCGCCCUUGAAUUGUACGGAUUACCAUGAAUAGGUCUUGUCUGAUAAAUAACUUUACAAGCAUAUGUCCAAUCAUCACCAAAUUUGGUCAGAAUGCUUAUUGGCAUUAUACCUCAGAUGAGUUUAAUAACUACCCAAAUUGCUUUAGUCACCCAAGUUAUUGCCCUUUUAUUAAAGGAAUGUCUAGAGCAGUAUACAUUCUUUACUAAGUUGAGCGAAAUAGGGCCAUCAUGGCCCUCUUGUUUUUAACUGUUGUGCAAUAUUUUGAAACAGAUGUAUUUUUACUAAAUGUAUAAUUUGAUUUUAUACCAUAUCAUUUACUUCAAAAUACUUGUUCUCUUUACCAUCAUCAUUGGAAAUUGAAAAUGAAUUUAAAAUCCUGGAAAUUUGUCAUUGACUUUUUAUAUAAUGCAGAGCAUUUUUGAUAUAUUUAUUUAAUAUUUUAAUAUACAAACAUUAAUGUAAUGGAUAAUAUUUCUUAUAAUGUGUUGAUAACUUCCAUAAUGGUCACAAGCUAGGUUACUCUUCUGAACCUUUACUGUGCCUCUGUCUAUGGAAACACUGCAAUUUUGGGAUAACAUUUAGAUAAUAUAUGUUUCGUUUAUACAAAUAAAAAUGUUAAUAAAGUUA